GUAUGUAGCCAAGUUUUCCUAAACCUAACCUUUUACCUAACCUAUGCCAAGUCUUAAUUAGGAGAGACAGUCAAAGAGCCAGAGAUGGGUCGGGCCUCAAUAGGAGGGUGGGAUACUCUUGGUUAGACAGCCUCCUCUCCCCUCCUUCUAGCCAGGCGUGCUGCCCCGCCCUUGCCCAUUGGCCCUAGCUGAGCCUCGAGCCUCGAGCCUCGAAUCUGGGAUGAGGGCGCACGAGGGAAAGGAGUAGGAGCGAGGACACGCCUUUAGGCCCCGCCCCCUCUGCUCUCCGCACGCGAGUUGGGCGGGAGUCUGCAGAAGAGAGGAGGUGCCUAAGCCUUGGAGAGUGGAGGGGCAGGGCGGAAGGCUGUUGUAGAGGUGUAGGGUGGUUCCCCCCUUUCCCCGCUGCUGUCUAUCGGUUAGUCCGUCCUUCUAUAACCUGCCGCGGCCCUCUCUAGCCCUCGGAACGAACGAGCACCCGCGUCGGGGCGGUUCUCGAGGGCAUAGUGAGCCGGGCCCUGUCCCGUACCUUCCGGGGGAGGGGGGGCUCCCAAGAACCGUAGGCGCGCGGGGGCGGGGACGAGAGCCGAGAAACCUCGGGGGCCGCGAGCUGCAGGAAAAAGAGCCCGGGGGACGGCGACGCCCGGCCCCGCCUCGAGCCUCGGUCCUGCCGCGCAGCGCGCGCGGAAACCCUUCGCGCUUUCUAUACUGACUGAUGCUCGAGUAGCGGCGGCUCUGCUCGUAUCCCGGACCUCCGGACCUCCGGACCUCCCGUCGUGGGAAAGCCGCCCGCGCCCCCUUGGCCCCGUGUCCCCCGGGACUGGGCUCGCCCCGCGCAGUUCGCCGCCCCGGGGAAUGUGUGUGUCGCCCGCGCCGGGCGUCUCUCGGUGUCUGGGCUUCGCUUCUUUGCUCGCCGGCUCUGGCUCCGGAGGGGCCACGACGCUCCCUGGCCGGCCGCCCUCCAUGGCAGCCAAGUGGUUCAAGGAAUUGCCGCUCACGCUGAAGACAGUGUCGGAGCGGGCGAAGCCUGGUGGCGGAGGGGGCGGUGGCGGCGGCGGAGGAGGAGGUACGGGAGGAGGGGGAGGCCUGGCCAGUAAACUACGCAAGAACUCCGAAGCUGGCGGGCCGGGAAUGCCCGCGCCGUCCGGCAAGAGCCGCAAGAACUCGGCAGCCGAGCUUGGCAGCUGCAAAGCGGCCAGUUGCGGCCCCGCCAAGGACAGCCGUCUGUCCCGUGACAGCAUCCAAGGGAUGCUCCAGGCGGCUGCCGGCAAGAGCCGCAAGAACUCCCGCGUCGCAGCAGCAUCCGCCCCGGAGGAGGAGCAGCCCCGCGGCUCGGUUAAGAGUACCGGCUGCAGCACUUACAUCAACCGCCUCAUUAAGGUGGACACCCAGGAGAAGAACGGGAAAAGCUAUUCCAGCUCCAGCUCCAGCUCUAGUUCCAGCUCCAGCACUUCCUCCUCUCCUUCCUCGCUGGGACCUGAACUGGACAAGGGAAAGGGGAUCAAGCAGCAAGACACGGUGAUCAUUUUAGAAGACUAUGCUGAUCCCUACGAUGCCAAGCGGACAAAGGGUCAAAGGGAUGCAGAAAGAGUAGGGGAGAAUGAUGGCUACAUGGAACCCUAUGAUGCACAGCAGAUGAUAACAGAGAUAAGGCGAAGAGGUUCUAAAGACCCCUUGGUGAAGGCUAUUCAACUGCUUGACAAUCCUUGCGAUUCAGGGGAAAAUGGCAUUAAAUCAGAGACUUUGACGAAAAGACGGAAUUCCAAAGACCUUCUGGGCAAAUCCCCGCAGCUAUAUGAUACUCCUUAUGAACCUGGAGAAGGAGGAUCCAAACCUGAUUCACAGAUGGUCACUGUACAAGAAAGGAAGAUGCGGUCCCCUGACAGCAGGCUUCCUGAAAAUGAUGAGCGACCAGCAGCAGAAUAUGAACAGCCAUGGGAAUGGAAAAAAGAACAGAUAGUGAAAGCAUUGUCAGUCCAGUUUGAGGGAUCGGAGAGACCUUCCAUGAAGGAAGAAACAGGGCGCCAUCACCACAGGCAGAAGAGCUGGACCCAGAAGAUCCUGAAACCAGCACUUUCUGAUCACAUUGAAGGGGAGAAAGUGGACCCAGCUAUUUGCCUGGAAAAGCAGCCUUGGUAUCACGGAGCCAUCACCAGGGCUGAGGCAGAGAGUCGGCUCCAGCCCUGUAAAGAAGCCAGUUACCUGGUGCGCAACAGUGAGUCUGGGACCAGUAGAUACUCCAUUGCACUAAAGACUAGUCAAGGAUGCGUUCACAUUAUCGUGGCUCAGACAAAAGACAGCAAGUAUACCCUGGACCAAACGAGCGCGGGGUUUGAGAGCAUCCCAGAGGUGGUGCAUUACUAUUCCAAUGAGAAGCUCCCUUUCAAGGGGGCCGAGCACAUGACCCUCCUCUACCCUGUGCACAGCAGGCUGCACUGACUCCACCAGUGGAAGCACGGGCACCUGCUCCCCACAGAAGCCGCACAAACUGGGCCCUCAGGUGCGCGGGACACUUUUCUCAAUUAUUGGUGUCUACUUCAGGAAUUUUGAAUAAAUUAUUGCCCCAAAUCCAGUCUUCACCAUCUACUUCUUCACUGAAGAGAACAGUGAGAAAUGAGGAAAAAGUUCUCUGCUCUUGCCCAAGUAUCUAUACUAAAUGCCCCAAGUGAAAAGUAACAUCUGUCCAGUUUGAAUUGCAGCCCAAGAAAGGCACCAACCAAAGCACCCAGGCUCUAAACAAUGCUGUUGUGUAGCCCUUCUGCUCCUGGGAAGGAAGCAACCAGAAAGGGGCACACCGCCACAGGGUGGACCCUUGGAAAUGGAGAAGGAGUCCUCAGAGAAAAUUUUCUGAUAGACUGUAAUUCAAGGAGAACUCCGAAUCCAGAGGUUUGAGGACAGAUUUCUUUGGUGAGCAGGAUCCCAUCCCCUUCUACAUUCUACUGGAGUGUUUGCUCAAAAAGUGUUUUUUCAAACCUGGCAUUUGUCAUUGGAGGACUGAGGAAAGAAAUGAGACUCACUCCAGGUCUUUGCUCUUGUAAUUAAAAAUAUUAUUGGCAUUGUUCUAAAAUUAUAGAAUAAAGUAAGCAGCAAAGAGCUUGUUAUUGAUGAAAACCUCCUUUCCCCAAUUUUAAGUAGCCAAAUACUAUUUUUUAAUAUUUGUGAGUCUUUGCCAUAUCCAGGAAAAACCUAUUGCUCUGGAAUCUAUGUGAUUUGGGACAACUCGGCUAGUUUUGCUUUAUAAAAGUAAUACUUUCAGAUUUAAUGGUAUAAGCUAAAUUGUUUUGAGUUGUUUUUUUUUUUUUUUGAAGAGUUUGGUGCACUAUCUACCAGACUCAAUUAUAAUCUGUCCUAUUGUAUUUUAAAAUGUGUGUGUGUUUAACUGCAUAACAGGUUUUCUACAAAUUUAUUUCUCAUGCUCUUAAAUAAGGCUUCUUUUGUGUUAUCUUUAUAAUAAGCCAUAAACUUAUAUUGCCAAUUUAUUUACUGUGAGAAAAACAUGGGGAUAACAGACUUACUGUGAGAAGAAUAAUAUUAUGGUAAGAGACUCUAUAAUUAAAGCUGAGCAGCUGUUUCUGUAUUCUGGGAUAUUCAGUUUAUUCCUAAAAAUGGUCUAGGUCCUUACAAAAAGAUGCAAUGAAAAGUUAAUUUUUAUAGUGUUGGAGUUUUUUUUAAGUGUUUGGAAGACCAGAAAAAAAUAUUUAUUUGUAUACAUUCUGGGGUAGGAGUAUCUCUGCAGCCACCAGUUAGCAUUUUUCUAUUAACAUUUCACUUCAUAUACAGAUUUUGGCCAAAAGGACUAAAUAUGUAUACCCUUGGUUUUAAAAUUAUGAAGGAAUCUUUUUGAUAAUACUUGUUUAUAUUGGUAAUCUUAAAACUUUUUUUUAAAGCAUAGGUUAGGACUUUUAAAACUGGCAUUAUUUUUAAGCCUGCCACAGGUCACAAUUACAUUAUGUCCUAUUUUGUCUAAGGCUUUAUUCUGUAGUUAUUCCACAAAUACAAUCUAAUGAAAUGUCCUAAUUUUAGCAAAAGCUAAAAAGCAUUUACAAAAGUUUACUUUGUGCACUAGAUGACUUAAAAACUUGGCACUACCAGCCACUGUGAUGAAUACUGAAGUAAUAUUUUAAAGUAUAAACAAUAAAUAAAUCAGGUAUUUAAUUAAGCACUUAUAUUCUCAGCACUGUGGUUUUCCUGGACUUUUUCUUCACUGUGGUGUUGGUGUUGAAUUGUUUCAGUCAUGUCUGAUUCUUGGUGACUCCACUUGGGUUUUGUUUUGCUUUUUUGACAAAGAUAUUAGAGGGGUUUGUCAUUUCAUUGUGAUUCCUAUGUAAUUAAUUUAUAAAAAGCCAGAAGAAAAAAAUGAGUUAUGCUCUUCUAAAAAAUUAUUUUUCUAUCUCCAGUGAGUGAUCUAUGGAAGAUGAUGACAAACCAGAAAGUAGAGUAAAUUGGGGGAUAGGAGUUAAGCUGCUAUUUAGAUUGUGACAAAAGCCUGAGAAUUCACAGCUGGGGUGGUAACACAAAGUACCAUAUGUUCUAAAAACAAUUAGGCCCAGCAGGGUGUCACCUAAUGGCUUCCUUGUUAAGCUGCCUGGGCCAGCUGAUCUAAAGCUGGAUAUUUAUUGUUAGCUGGGAAGUUGGUGGGUUUGAUCCAUUUGUCUCAACAGCAAGAAUCGAAUGGUUUUAUUCAUGUGAAUUAAAUUAUUUCCACUAGCCAAAACAAUUUCAGGUGUUCUAAAGAGACAGUCAUGAACAUCCGGCAUUCAUAAUAUUUUAGACCUCACCUAGACUCACUUUGUCAUUUUGUGACUGAGGAAACUGAAGCUCAAGACAGUGACUUUUGUAAAGCCCUACCUCUAGUUAGUAAUAGAAUUGCACCUAAAAUCUUAGAACUAGAGCAUAAAAUCUAGUUUUGUUGGCAUCUCUCUGCAUUUCUUUGCAUCCCACUUACUAUCUCUAAGAUUUAAAUACAAAUCCACCAAUUGUCUUUUAUGUGUCUUCUUCCUCACUUAUUUCUUUUCAUGUUUUCCAGGCCACUAAGUUUUUUUCCCAUCUUUCUCACUAUCUCCCUUACCAGUAUUGAGAGUUUGUACUGAAAUACAGAAUGAGUUGAUCAUUAUUUACAAGCACUACUUUAAAAAUCACGGAGGAUUUUAAUGUGGGUGAGCCAUAAAAACAAAAUGUGGCUAUGUGUUUACUCCCUAAGGGCACCUGCUACACAUACCCCUUUUUCCUAGCUGUUCUAAAAAGAAAUGAUUUAUAAAAAUAAGACUUCUGGGAAAGAAUUUUAUUCCUAACUGUUCAACUUUAGCAAAUAGCUGUUUCAUUGGGUGGGGGAUAUGAGAGAAAGGCAUAUAAUCUGUAUCAUCAAAUAAUUUUUAAUGUUUAACCAGAAGAUAGAAAUUUCUGGGUUUCUUUUGUUUAUUGUUAUACUAUUAACUGUCUGUCCUGAAAGAGCCUGUCUCAUUGAAAGAUUCAGAGUUUUAGGGAGUUUUUGUUAAGUUUUAGAAUUUCAAAAGACUCAUUAAGAAGAGGCUAUAAAGUUGGGAUUUUUCCCAUUUGUUUUGGGGAAUGUUUUUUAUGCAUUCAUUAGCUACCCUUUUAAUACAGGUUCCUUUAAGUGCCUUCCACCAACAAAAAGGAUAGCCAUUUUCCCCCUCCCCAUUCUAAUUAGGAAUGUUUUUUAAGUUUUUACUUCUUAUCAUCCCCAGAGUACUUUUAGCUUUUGACUAAAUUUCGAACACCGUUAUUCCCUUGUUCCACAUCUUGUUGUUUAAUUUACCUUAUGAUUUCCUGUAGCUGCAGUGACCAUAUGCUCCAGAUUUCCUGAAACUGUUCCAAUUUCAGGGGAGAGGGAGAAGCAUACUUUUAAUGAGGCUGCAGAAAUCAUAUCCUUUGUAAAAUCUUAUGUCUCAAUUUUCUGAUUGGGAAAGUGUGAUCACCAGUGUUUUGUUUUGUUUUUUAAUAUCAUGAUAUCUCAGAUCAAAUUCCUUGAUCAUUACAAACCAUUACCCUAGUUACUAAUGGUUCAUAUGUCAGGUCUCACUAAUACAUGAUGUCACUGAAUCUAUUGGCUAACUUAAAAAAAAAAAAAAAAUACUGGCCUGAAAUUUUCUUUGGAACCUGACAUUUUAAGAGGAAAGAGUUGGGCUAAUACUACCAUCUCAUGGAAAUGAGAGUAAACUGCAGUGGGGAAAUUGGUGUGUUGGCCUAAUUCUUAUGGGUGACUGUCUGAACAAAGUGCUAUUCAGAAGAGAUAAUAUUAAUCCCCUUCAUUGUUUCCUAAUGAAUUACUGAAACCCUCUCUAUGGGAGAAAGACUUGACAUGGUGCUGAUUACUGUAGCCACCUUGAAAUACCCUUCCCUGUAAAAGGAGAUUUGCAUCCUAAUAAACCUCUUUCCAUUUUGAUCGAGAUUCCUGGGGUACUAUAGUACUCAUCAUUGUUUAGGCUUGUAUAGCUUGUUUUUUGUAGUUCUAUUUUAAAUGAAAGUGCUGGUGAUUAUCAGAUAAUUGGGGCAGAUGUCUAAUUUUGCCAGAAUUCUUAAUUGUUCAGCUGUUUUUGUAAGGGGAACAUUUUAAAGUAUCAGUUGAUAUAUAUAUAAGUUUAGCUUACUUUUUUUUUUGAAGAAUGUAUUUUAACCAACUGUCUCUUAUUAAUUUCUAAGUAUUUAUAAUACAAAAAUAUUUUGUACAAUCUCUGAAUGUAUUGUGCUAGCCAACAUAGGCUACACAUCUCCUUGAAAGCUGUUUACCCUGAAAUGUAACUUAAAUAAAUGUCAUGUCAAGCAAACCAUAA